AAAUCGGAACCAUCGACUUCUUUCGCAUCAACGUCUUGCUAUUACCAUAAACUUCACCCACAAACAAAAAGAAACAUGAAGUACCAACCACGACAGCAACGUGCCGUAUCUCUCGUCCUCUUACUGGCGAUGGCAUCCUCAUCGACCGCCUUCAUGCCGCCGCAACCGGUACAGCCCAGGAUUCCAUCAGUCGAUCGACACAGCAUUCUUCUCUCCAAGUCCAUGCCCGAUUCGCACGUGCUACUUCAUUUAUCGCAUGGAAACAACGAAGCAAACGAGAACUGGAAGGCUUUGGCCCAAGCCGCCGGCGACGUGGCUCGCAACGUUGGAAGCUCGGUUUGGGACGUGAUCAAAAAGGGAGGCAACAAGUUGAAAGAGUUCGCCACCAACGCAUUGCUCCCAGCAGAGCCGAAAAGCAAUGACAUCUUCUCCAAUCCAACCAUUGUAGUAGACAAGGAAGAUGAAAACAUGUUUCGUGGUAUCUUUGGCCAAGACAUCGUUGUUCCUUCCGACUCUGGAAGAGUCGUGGACCAGGCCGCCUUGUUUUUGCAGCACAACGAAAUGGCAGCAUCCUUGUUGGGAUCAUCCUUACAGUACGGACAACCCUUUUCGCAAAGCAGCAGCAGCACCAGUAUCAAUGGGAGAAUGAGUAGUUCCGUGCAGGCGAGCUUUGAGGUCUGGGGUACGCAAGGUCAAGGCGUGGCCACCGCAACAUCCAUUGACGGCAACUUGGAGUACAUGGACUUGGAAGUGAAUGAUCGACUGUACCGCUUGGAUAUCAAUGCACCGCCCAUGUCCACAUCCAACUAUUACCAAGCAACCAAUCCGGGAAUUGAUCCAUGGUCUGCUGUCAUCUACGACGACGACGAGGAUGAUGAAGACAUUGUGGAAGUUGAGGUACUGGAAGCGGUCAGAAGCCGCAGCCGCUAUCAAGGUCGUGUUUUGGAUGCUGAGAUUGUGGAGAAAACGUUCCUUUAGUUAGGCCUUGAUAAUAUUAUGCGCAUUGGCUUAUACCAGUGCUUUGUGGCGCCCUUCCACCACAACACAAGCUAGCUAACAAGGCUCUUAUUACUAGAUAAAUUAAUUCAAAACCAGCACCAACCAAGCAUUUUCACCCU